AUGUCGCUACCCAACUAUCUUCGAUGGUUCCGAAACCUCCAAGAACCACCACUGGAAGAGGAACAGGUAGAUGAUGACAAUGCGGUUUCCAUGGUCAUUGAACUUGUCUUGGGCUUGGCUAUCUUUUUAAUCAUGAUUGCGGUAGGUUCCAGUUGCAAAUGGGAACUUGUCAAGAAAAUGUUUUCCUCCCCCAAGGCACUCAAAGCAGCAGCAGUGGGUGUCACUUGCCAAUUCCUGGUGAUGCCAGCCGUGGCCUAUGCCUUGACCAAGAUCUUCGCCUUGGAUGGCUACAUGGCCUUUGGUGCUAUCAUAGCGGCCACAAUGCCAGGAGGGGGUAUCUCCAACAUCUACACAAUGUGGGGACAAGGCAUCUUGGAGUUAUCUGUGUUCAUGACCAUUGUAUCCACCAUUGUCUCUUUUGGCAUGACACCUCUGUGGAUCUACAUCUUCUCCAACUUUGUCAUUGACUUUUCUGAUAACAGCACAACCAGUGAGCCUACCAUAGCCAUUGAUCAGAUAGCCAUCAGCUUGGUCAUGCUUCUUGUGCCACUUUCCAUUGGGGUAUCACUCAACUUUUGCUCCUGCACCAACAAGAUUCGACCCAUUUUGGAAAAGGGCAUUCAUGUCCUUGCCAUUCUCUUUCUGAUGGCAGCCAUUGUGGCGCUCUUGGUGCAGUACCACGAGGGCCUUGCUGACUUUGCGACAUGGCAGCUUGGUGUAUCUGCCUUUAUUUACUUCCCCAUUGCCACUGGAUUAAGCUAUGGCAUUACCACACUGCUGAAAUUCUCCCCGGCAGCCCGACGAACUGUCGUCUUUGAAGUGGGACUCCAAAACUUGGCAUUGGCUUUGGCCAUAGGAGAACAAGCCCUAAAGUACAAGUGGCAGAGAGAACAGGCCAUCCCAUUCCCAUUGCUCUAUGCCAUCUUCAUGUACUGUUGGGCAGGCCUGUUGGUACCUGUCUUUCGGCGUCAAAGACGGGUCAAUGAGGAACAGGGCAAUGUUGAUUGUGAUCCCGACUUCUUUGUAGUCAGUGAGAAUUGUGACGAGGCUGAUGAUGUCGCCCUUUCUAUGGAAUUCGAUACUAGCAAGCAGAAGGCUAGAAAGGAGCGUAGCGGAAUAACCCCUGUCGCCGAAGAUCCAACAGAGGAGACGGAAAGAGACGAAGAUCUACGCGUCGUAGACGUCUGA